AUGGCAGGCCAAGAGGAAACCACAUUUGAAAAUGGAGAGGAGUGGCAAAUGCAGAAUGGAGAAAGUGAAGGUGAUCAGGAAGAGAGAAAGGAAAAUGAGAAACACAUGGAGGUCGAUGGAAGCAUAGAGGCUUGGAAUGGGUUUAUUUCAGGGGGGACAGCAUUGGAUGAAGCAGAAGGGGAGGUCGUGGCUGAAUGGAAACCUGGUGAAACAGUCACCCCACAGCAUGUCUUAUUGCUGAAUAGUUACACCAAGGAUUACCUGUGUUCACCAGAAGACAACAUCUACAAUAUAAGCUUCUCUCGCUUCAAGAUCAGGGACCUGGGCAGUGGAGCAGUUAUCCUCGACAUAAAAAAACAUGGUCCAACAGAAAUUGAAGACGUCAUUGAACUUGAUACAAACAGAUUAAUUCAAUAUCACUUCUCCCCUGCAUUCUUGGCCCUCAGAGAGAUAGGAGCUACGUUGGAAUUCACAGUGGGCAGCAAGGCACUGAAUCGUUUCCGUCUGAUUGAGAGACAUUUUUUCAGAAACCUCCUGCUCAAAACCUUUGACUUUGAGAUUGGCUUCUGCAUUCCAUACAGCAGAAACACCUGUGAGCACAUCUACUGCUUACCUGACCUGGAACCAGAGACAGUUGAGAAAAUGAUUGCCAACCCAUUUGAGACGUGCUCAGACAGUUUUUACUUUGUCAACAACAAGCUGACCAUGCAUCACAAAGCAGAGUACUCCUUCAGCCUGCAAAGAGAAAUGGACAAAUCCAGGGAAUAG